CUCUGGAGGAGACGUGGCACCCGGACCUGGGAGAGCCCUUCGGGGUGAUGCGCUGCGUUAUCUGUCACUGCGAGCCGCAGAGGAACCACCGGGGGAAGCCCGUGGGGAAAGUGAACUGCAAGAACAUGAAGCAGGACUGCCCCGUGCCUACCUGUCCCCGGGCCACGCUGCUGCCUGGACACUGCUGCCACACCUGCCCCAAAGGCCCCCCAGAGAAGAGCCCUGCACUCCGCUUUGACACCUUCGAGUACUUCCAGGACAAGGAGGACGACUUGGACAAGCCCUACAAUGACCGCUCCUACCUCAGCUCUGAGGGCCUGGCUCGUGACGAUGCCCGCACAGAGUUUGUGGCCUUGCUGACGAGUGGCCCAGAGCCGUGGCACCCCACAUCCAGCGCUGUGGGCAAGGCUCGCUUCACCCUGCUGCGCUCCUCCCUGCUCUUCUCCAUCAGCUACGAGCGGCUGGGGCGGCCGAGCCGGGUGCGUUUCAGUGACCCCGAAGGUAACGUGCUGUUUGAACACCCCGUGCAGAAGAGCGCUGCCCCCGAGGACGGCAUGCUCUGCGGGAUGUGGAGGACGGUGUCCAAAGCCAACGUCCAGCUGCUGCGGGGGGAACAACUCCGCGUGUCCCUCAUCACCCGGGCGCAGCCCUCCGGAGAGGUCCACGGGCACAUCCUCAAGCACCGGGCACUCUUUGCAGAGACAUUCGGUGCCAUCCUGACCUCGCUGGACCCCUUGCACUUGGGUGCUGGGGGCAUGGCCAUGCUGACACUGAGCGACACCGAGAACAACCUGCACUUCAUCCUCAUGGCCCGGGGACUGCUGGAGCCUGGAGCGAGGGAAUCCCCGUGGGUCCCGCUGAGGGUUCGCAUCCUGCACCAGGACCAGACGCUACGGGAGGUCCACACCAACAUCACCGUGGAGGACCCCGACUUCGCGGAGGUGCUGAGUGAUCUGUCUGCCCAGGAGCUGCAGUGGCUGGUGCAGGGGCAGCUCCGCAUCACGGCUGAGACGGAGGGCCGGCACGCACGCCGGCUGGCUGGCACCAUUACCACCCGCCGCAGCUGUGACACCAUCCAAAGUGUGCUAUGCGGAGCAGACGCUUUGCUGCCGACCAAGACCGGGGCUGUAGGCUCAGCCAAACUGGCGCUGCAUGAGAAUGGCACCCUGGAGUACCAGGUGCAGGUGGUGGGCACUGCCAGCGAGGUGGUGGGCGUCACACUGGAGACCAAACCCCGGCGGAAAAACAAGAGGAACGUCCUGUUUGACAUGACGCCCAGCUACAAGGAUGGGCUGGCCUGCGGUGCCUGGCAGGGCCCCAGCGCCCGCGAUGCCCACAUGCUUCUACAAAACGAGCUCUUCCUCAACGUGGCCACCAAAGACUGGGCAGAGGGUGAGCUGAGGGGCCAAAUCAUCUCCCUGCCCUACAGUGGACUGCUCGCCCGCUACACAGAGAUGCCAGUGGCGCUGGCGGGGCAGCUGGUGUCCCCCCCGGUGCACAGUGGCGCUGGGGGGCACGCCUGGCUCUCUCUGGAUGAGCACUGCCACCUGCACUAUGAGAUCUCGGUGGCGGGGCUGGGACGCCCGAGCGACGGCACGGUCAGUGCCCACAUCCAUGGGGUGGCCGAGCUGGGGGAAAUGGGCACCCGCCCCCAUCAGCACAAGCGUCUGCUCAAGGGCUUCUACAGCACUGAGGCCCAGGGGGUGGUGAAGGACCUGGACGCCGACCUGCUGCAGCACCUGGCCCAGGGCACUGCUUUCCUGCAAGUCAGCACCAAAGCACACCCCAGCGGGGAGAUGCGGGGACGGGUGCACAUUCCCAACCAGUGCCAUGCAGGAGGGACCCGCCUGGCCCCAGGGGAGUCCCUGGGGCCGGCAGAGCUCUCUGAGAGCACCAAUACCAGGGACCAGGAGCAGCUGAAGAAGGACCCCAAUUCCUGCUUCUUUGAGGGUCAGCACCGGGCCCAUGGCAGCCGCUGGGCACCUGACUAUGACAAGAAGUGCUCCAUCUGCAGCUGCCAAAAGCGCACAGUGAUCUGUGACCCCAUCUUGUGCCAGCCCCUCAACUGUACCCAUCAGGUGCACCCUGAAGAGCUGUGCUGCCCCAUCUGUGAAGAGAAGAAGACAGAGCAGGAAGAACUGAAGCUGGAGCGGGCACGGGACAGUAGCGAGGGCUGCUACUUCGAUGGCGACAAGACAUGGCGAGGCUCUGGCACUCGCUGGCACCCUGUCGUGCCCCCAUUUGGCCUCAUCAAAUGUGCCAUUUGUACUUGCAAGGCCCGUGCCCUCCCUGCAGGGCACCACAGGCGAAGUGCACUGCGAGAAGGUGCAGUGCCCACGGCUCACUUGUGCCAACCCCGUGCGUGCCAGCCCCUCUGACUGCUGCAAGCAGUGCCCAGCCCCAGAGAGGAGUGUCCCGGAGCUGGCUGACUCCAUGCAGGCAGAUGCACCACGGGCGUGCCGCUUUGGGCGUCGCUGGUACCUCAACAACGAGAGCUGGCACCCGUCUGUGCCUCCCUUUGGAGAAAUGAAGUGCA